AGGUUUCCUUCUAGAUGCCUAAAAUAGUGAUGGCAGCAUCCACUAAUAUAAGCUCCAGUGCUAUGAAUCAGUCUUGAAUUCAUUAGUUUUCCUAAAAUACUACUAAAAAAAUGGAGCCCUCCUCUGACUGCUAAUGGCACUCACCGCUAUAAUUAUGGAAAUGGUCUUCCUCUUGUUAAAAAUGUCUCUAGUUCUUUGACAACGGCUUAAGAACAAUGGGGUCAAGUACACUGGGGAAAGCAGCAACAUUGGAUGAACUUUUGAGCACGUGCAUUGAAAUGUUUGAUGACAAAGGAGAACUGAGCAACAGUUAUUUGCCAAGAAUUGUACUUUUGAUGCACCGAUGGUAUCUAUCAUCCACUGAGCUGGCGGGAAAACUUCUCUCAAUCUACCGCGAUGCUUGUGGGGAAGGAUGUGAUGAAUUCCGCCUAAAGAUCUGCUACUUUAUGAGAUACUGGAUUCUGGAGUUCCCAGCAGAAUUUAAUCUGGAUCUUGGUUUGAUUCGUCUGACUGAAGAAUUUCGGGAAGUAGCCACCCAGUUGGGAUAUGAAAAACAUAUCAAUCUCAUUGACAUAUCCAGCAUUCCUUCCUAUGACUGGAUGAGAAGAGUCACACAGAGAAAAAAAGUAUCAAAGAAGGGAAAAGCCUGCCUGCUCUUUGACCAUCUGGAGCCCAUUGAACUGGCUGAGCACCUUACUUUUCUGGAGCACAAAUCUUUCAGAAGGAUUUCAUUCACAGAUUAUCAAAGCUAUGUAAUUCAUGGCUGCCUGGAGAAUAACCCCACACUGGAAAGAUCUAUUGCUUUAUUUAAUGGGAUCUCUAAAUGGGUCCAACUGAUGGUUCUUAGCAAACCAACUCCACAGCAAAGGGCUGAAGUCAUCACAAAAUUUAUAAAUGUCGCCCAAAAACUCCUUCAGCUGCAGAAUUUUAACACUUUGAUGGCAGUGGUGGGAGGACUGAGCCAUAGUUCUAUUUCCCGCCUUAAAGACACUCAUUCUCAUCUUUCUUCAGAAGUUACAAAGGACUGGAAUGAAAUGACAGAACUCGUCUCCUCCAGUGGCAAUUAUUGCCGUUACCGCAAAGCUUUUGCUGACUGUGAAGGUUUCAAAAUCCCAAUUCUGGGUGUUCACUUGAAAGACUUGAUCGCCGUUCAUGUCAUUUUUCCAGACUGGACUGAAGAUCAUAAAGUCAAUAUUGUAAAGAUGCACCAGCUCUCAGUGACCUUGAGUGAGCUGGUCUCCCUCCAGAGUGCCUCACACCACUUGGAACCUAACAUGGAUUUAAUCAACCUCCUAACACUUUCUCUUGACCUCUAUCAUACAGAAGACGAUAUUUACAAACUUUCAUUGGUGCUGGAACCCAGAAAUUCUAAAUCGCCUACCUCUCCUACAACUCCUAACAAGCCAGUAGUACCAUUGGAGUGGGCAUCGGGAGUGAUGCCAAAGCCUGACCCAACCAUUAUAAACAAGCACAUAAGAAAGUUAGUUGAGUCUGUUUUUAGAAACUAUGAUCAUGACCGUGAUGGGUACAUCUCCCAAGAGGACUUUGAAAGUAUUGCUGCCAACUUUCCUUUCUUGGAUUCCUUCUGUGUGUUGGACAAAGACCAGGAUGGCCUAAUUAGUAAAGAUGAGAUGAUGGCUUAUUUCCUGAGAGCUAAAUCUCAACUCCAGUGUAAAAUGGGACCAGGAUUUGUCCAUAAUUUUCAAGAGGUGAACUAUCUCAAGCCAACCUUCUGUGAACAUUGUGCAGGAUUUCUCUGGGGCAUAAUCAAGCAAGGAUACAAAUGCAAAGAUUGCGGAGUCAACUGUCACAAACAAUGCAAAGACCUACUUGUGCUGGCAUGCAGGAAAUUUGCAAGGGGGACCUCCAUGGGAAAUGGUCAUGGUUCUCUUCCAGGCAGCCCAUCAUUACCUCCAGCUCAGGAUGAGGUAUUUGAGUUCCCUGGUGUUGCUGCUGGAAAUCAGGAUCUGGACAGCCGAGCCAUCACCCUGGUUACAGGUUCUUCUAGAAAGAUCUCUGUGCGCCUUCAACGAGCCACUACCAGUCAGGCCACUCAGACAGAGCCCAUGUGGCCUGAGUCAGGAUGGGUUGACUCAGGAGCUCAUACCUUCCCCAAAAUGAAAUCCAAGUUCCAUGGCAAAACUGGAAAGGACAAAGGCUUUGCCCGAUGGGAGAAUGAGAAGCCUGGGGGACAGGCCAACAUGAGCAUGAUGACCCAGUGUACAGAGUAUGAACUGGACCAGAAUGGAGCAGACACCAGUGAAGCCAACCAAGAAUGUGAGGAUGGCUGACCCCUGGAUGGGGAAACUGAAUGUCUAAUGAGUUUGGUUGUUGGAUGAAGCAAGAUGGGGAAUCCUGAAGACCACGUUCCAACUCUGGGAAAACGAUCAAAAAAAUAUUCCUGCCUUGUGAACUCAUCAGGUCAUCCUGUCCCAAUAGUGUGAUGGAGGGUCCCUGUCUAUGCAGCACAAAAUCAGUGUACUAUUUAUUUUUCCCCCAGUAACUGAUCUGUUGAGCAUUUCAGAAACAACAAUGAAGAUUGCUGUAUACCAACUCUAAUACUCUUGUUUUUUCUUUCUUUGAAGUCAUUUGUGGGCGAAAAGAAUGCUGUUUGUGCAUGCACUAUCCAUUCUCUAAACUGAUUAUAUUUGCUUUUUUUCUGUGAAAAUAUUAUUUUAUCAUUUUUAUAAAUUUAGUGAGGGUAGAGAUCAAAGAAGUGUCAAAUCUUUUUGAGUUGAAGUAGAGCUCUAACUGCCAAUUCUAGCACCCAGGGUAAGCGACAAAUCAAAUUCAGGUGGGCUAGGGUGGAAACUGGAGAGAAGGAGAGACUGAACUUCCGGCUCUCCUGUAGUGAGAGAUUAUUACUUGGAAGGAAACUGCCAAGAGAGGGAGAAUGGCAGGAAAGCGCCAAGUAAGAGUUCACAGGAAUAGAUCUGCCUGGGUUUGAGAGUCAAUCCAUAAUCUUCUAACCAAUUUGGUUUGUACUGUAAGUGGCUGAACUCAAUAAUUGCCACCUGCUGAAGGAAUACAAGUUCUCUCAGCACACUCUAAACUUUGCUCUGGACGUAAAUUUCUGCUACUGCACCCGUGUUAUGGCUUUGGAUUGAAUCCUUCUCCACAUGCCCUCUUAAUAUUCAUUUUGGAAGGCAACAGAAUUUUUUGUUUCCUCUUUGGAAAAUCCCAGAACAGAUUCAAUAAGACCUAGAAUACAGUAUUUCCUCUAUGUACUCAUUGUCACAGAGAUUAACAAAUUUACUUUGUCCUUUUUUUUAUAUUUAUAUCACCUAAGUUGUAGCCAUUUAAAACCUCUGUGGAAGUCAAAGAUACUAUGUGGAAGAAGUCUCUAAAUAUACUCAGUAUCUUAUAAAAUAGCACAAUUGUUCUAGAACAAAAUUAACUCUGUUCAAUUAGGCUGGGUUUAAAAGUCUUUUUUUGUAAGUCCUGAAAUGUUGCAGUCUUAGAUGAGGAAAUUUGAGGGGAAAAAAUCUUAGCUACAGACAAAACAACAACAAUGAAACAAUUUUUUUCUUCUUCCGGGAAUCUUGUUGCUAAAAAAAGAGAACUCUUGGACACUCAAAGACAAUUCUCAGUGUUCUUUCUUUGUAACUGAUUAUGUAACACCAAUAAAUAAAAAAUUAGUCUCUGGAGA